AUGUCAACACAACUGGCUGUUGGAAUGCGCUGUGAGCUCUUGUCUUCGGGUGCCAGUGGCAGCUUACGUGCUAGUAUCAAGCGUUAUGGCGAAAUUGCUUACAUUGGACCGAUUGAUGGUCUAUCAGGUGAUGACUGGCUAGGUGUGCGGUUGGACAAACCAUUGGGUAAGAGCGACGGUUCGUUCAAAGGUAAACGCUACUUUGACUGCAAGCCAUUGCACGGCGCUAUUGUGCGGUCAGCGAGGGUCAAUGUUAGGGGAGAAUUUCCUAUACUUACAACUCAUGAGGAGAGUUUGGCUCAUGCAUUAGAAGAGCGACGCAAAGAGAAGCAAGAAGCAAGGACUACAGUUGCUGGAUCUACUUUCGAUGCUUCAAAGCUACAUCGAGAGAUGACAACUGAUGAGCUCGCAACAAAGUUCUGGGAAUCAUUUACACAACAAGAAGAGCAUAUACGCAAGCAAGUGGGACUGUUCUGUGAACAAAAGAAGCAGCCGUUGCCAUGUGACACAGCCAAGGAGGUGCAGCUCGUCGCACUGGUGCUUGAGGUGAAUAAUAUGCGAGACGCUGCUGCAACAGCAUCGUCGUUGUAUUUAUCACCUUACGAUACUCGUCAUACUCAGUUAAUUCUGUCCAGACUUCAGGAAUUAAUAGCAACGACCCGCACAAAAUUUGCUCCAAGAAAAAAAUUUAUGUUUCGAGCUCAUGCUGCAAGACAGGCAAAGCUUAAGCCAUCAAAGGAAGUGACUCAGCCAGAACAAGACACAGCAUCCGGUAUAUACGAAUGCAAAGACAAUCAAGUAAGAGCAGUGGAGUUCAACGAGCUUGUUUAUGCUAAUAAACAGAACCAAGUGAUUAUCAUCGAUUCUAAUAGCUUCUCUGACACAGACGCCAAUAAGAAUCGCGACCUUAAUUUCUCACACUUGACCAAUUGCGUUGUAUUGGUGUGUGUUGAGACCUUGGCAAUUCGUGGAGAUGCAUUGAAAAACUGUGUCUUUUACACGGGAGCGAUAUUUGGCAGUUUGUGGCUUGAAAAGUGUAUAGGAUGCGAAUUUUUCGUUGCCUGCCGCCAGCUCCGUGUCCACUUGAGCAGUGCAACAACAUUCCACCUUCGUAUCGGAAGCCACCCUAUAAUUGAAGACUGUCAGCAAAUGCAAUUUGGACCGUAUCGCUUGCAGUUUGAGGGGCUAAAAACACAAUUGGAGCGUCUCGGAUUGUUGAAAGACUCGGGUCUUUGGGCUAAAGUGAACGACUUUAAGUGGCAUAAAGCUCAGCAAUCUCCUAACUGGUGCAUUCGCGACGCAAAGCAGCCACUACCUCCGAUCCCGGCAGAGUUAGAAAACGUAGUUUCGUAUGAAUGA